AUGGAUCGGUUCGAUUCCAUUCGCAGGCAAUUACCGUCCAUGAUUAUUGAGACUCCAAGUCACCAGACGUGUGUGAUAUUCGAGUGGAUGCUCUACCCAUAUAAAUCGAAUCCGUACCCUUUGGCUCUCCUGAUUAUUUUCGUCCAGUGGAUCGCGUCAGUAGCGGCGGCAGCGAGAAUUCUUGUCGUCUGGAGAGGAGACGACUAUGGCUUCAUCCAGGUUCGGAGAAAGUUUGCGCCAGAAUACUGGCGUAACCGUCAGGUUCGGUUUUGUAUCGCGCGCAACAAUUACAUACAGAAGUACCUGGAUGAAGCGUCGUCUAUGUACCGGUAUGCUCUCCAUUUCCAAGUGGUGAAGUCACUGUGCAGCGAACUUCUCCUGGCUGGGGCUUAA